AUGCCAGGAACCAUCCUUCUCACCGGAGCCAACAGCUCCCUCGCCAUCCCAGCUGUUCAUCACUUCCUCACCAAAUACCCAGACUACACUCUCAUCCUCACCGUCCGCAACCCCUCUACUUCGGACCCCAACACUAAGCGUCUCAACGACACCAUCGCACCCUUCUUUAAUCCAAGUACCUCAAUCCGAAAACUAGACCUCUCCAACCUCACCGAGGUGACCACAUUCGCGCAGGCUUUAGCUACUGAAAUCAACAAUGGCACACUCCCCCCACUAGCUAGCAUAAUUUGCAACGCAUACUACUGGAACCUAGCUAGCGAGGUCGAAACAACUGCCGAUGAGCUGGAUAAGACGUUUCAGGUGAACCAUAUCGCUCACGCCUCGCUAGUACUGCGCCUGCUAGGCUCAUUCGGACCAAACUCUGGACGGGUUAUUCUCUUCGGUAGUGAUGCCCACUGGCCCGGUAAGAAUGGAUUGGAGAAAUAUCCGCCUACCAUUCCAGAGGAUCUGGAGGUGUUGGUGAAACCGACCAAGAAGGCGGGCGAGGAUGUCAGGGGGAAGGGGUUCUAUCAAUAUGCGGUGUCGAAGCUGGCGAUUAUUAUGUGGAUGUAUGCGCUGAAUGGGAAGUUAAUUCAGGACGACAAUCUCAAGCACAUCAAAGCUGUAGCUAUCAAUCCAGGCAACCUGAGUGAUUCUCGCGCGCUGCGCACCAACACGCCGCUGAUUCUUAGGAUCAUCUCCCGUCUCAUAAUCCAGCCACUCCGGCCGCUGUUGAGAUUGCUUGACCCGACUAUGCGCACGGCUACGGAGGCCGGGGAGGAUGUGGUUGAGUUGGCUGUGAGUGAGAAAUAUGCGGGGGAGGCGGGUUACUUUACUCUUUUGAAAAAGGAUGAGAGUUCGCCUGAGAGUCAGGAUGGUGAAAAGCAGGGGAAGAUCUGGAAGAAGACGUUGGAGUGGGCGCAGGUCAGCCCUAAGGAUACGGUGUUGAAGCUGGAGUAG